CACGUCACAUUGCUCAAGAACUGCAUUUAGUUGUGCAUGCACGGAUGUUUCCUGCCCUGCCAUGGCCAUGAAGAAGGUGCCUUUGAAACAGGCGAAUGAGAAGAAUCAGGAGAGUGAGGAUAGUGAUUUGAAUGACAAGAAUGAGAAGAAUGGAAAGAAGGUAGACAGGCAGGAUUCUGGUGACAGCUCAAGCGACUCGAUCACCACAGCAUGGGUGCGAAAGAUCAAUGCUUCCAUCGGAGAGGAGACAGAGAACAGCUCGAUGGAGACCAUGGAGACCAUGGGGACCAUGGCGAUGUAUUGGUUGUAUGAGCCAAUGCCGGGAAAUCGAGUCUAUAGAGUUGAUGGAGUCAACAUGGUCGAUGUAGAGACCAUGGGACAACCGGUAGGGCUGGAAGCCGUAGAACUGGUACCUGAUGUAGGGCUGGAAGUUGCGCUGGAAGUUAAUGGAGAUAUUGGAAAUGACGCAGCUGGACCGGCUGUGGGACUCACGGCUGCGCCUCCGCAUCUCCCUGGUGAUCGCAUGUGUGAGCCAUGCGUCUUCUUCUUCAGCUGUGGAUGCUCCAGGGAACAAACAUGUCCAUACUGCCACCUGCACUAUCCAGAACGACUUCAUUGCCCGUGCAAGGCCAAAAGGGAGAGAAUUAGGAAGAGGGUGGCUGAGAGUUUGGUACAGCUUGGUUUGCUUCAGCCAGACACUCCACUUUGAUAUGGGAAGCUCUGUAAUCAUAGCCCUUUGAUGUGCUGUAGCCCAAAAACCCUCAGCAUAGUGUUCCUGAGCAAAACCCGCUUCCGUUUUCAAAUGAUCCCAUGUGUAAAUACAGUCUCUUCAAACGGCGAUGAAACUCAACGCCGCUCAAAUGGACAGAUAUUUUGAGCGUCGUUGCGUGCGCCGUUGCAUGAUUCUUUCCGAGCGAUCCGAAUGACAGAUGAGGUCGAGGUAUCUUGAGAGAGCAUCUCAUUCUAAGCCCUUGCAAAGACAUAUCUUCGGUGUCAGUAGCUUCUACCCCGUUGAGAAGUUAAAUCUCGAUGGCGGUCGCUGCUCUGCAGUGAAGUUUCAAGUCGCUCAAGUUUUCUCUUUACCAAUGUCAGACGAUGCCCAGUUCCCGCAGGUGUCGUCGGCACGCGUUCCCCUCUUGUGUUCGGUUCAGAUCCGGUGGUUGAUCAUCAUGCUGAUGUUUUGCAAAAUUUGAAACAUCUUGAAAGAAC